UAGGUCGUUGAGAGUAAAGCUGCACCUUACAGAUCUUAGCGAAUCAAGUUGUUUUCAGUCGUAUUUACGCGUUUUAACAGAAAUGUAUAGACAAGAAAGGUGACCACAAUACUGACAGUUAUCUGUUAGCUUCUAAAAUUGAAAUGUCGGGUAUGAACUGUAUUGAUCCAACUUCAGGGAUGACUGAUAUACAUCAUAGUGAUUUGACAAACAAACCUCAUUAUGAAAAAGAAAUAAUUAAAACGGAAAGCAUUUGUCCGGAAACAAAUACGGAUGUGAUAUCAAUGUGUACAAGCAGUACCUCACCCUAUUGUUAUGACGAAUUCAGCAGAAGUCAUGUCAGUCCACCUUACAGUGAUACAAGUAGCCAGCCAAGUCCCCACACCACAGUGCUUACACCACCAAGCCUUAAGGAAUACAGUAGCCUUCCCUCCCCAAACUAUGAGAAACAGGUCAACUUUGACAACGGAGAGGAACAGUCAAGUCCAGACUCGGUCAGUCAACCAUUAACAUCAAAAGCCUCCACACCAAUGUUGCCUCCAUGUCGUGUGUGCGGGGAGAAAGCAUCAGGAUUUCAUUAUGGCGUCAAUACAUGUGAAGCUUGUAAGGGAUUUUUCCGUAGAAGUCUUAAGAGGAAAAUAGAUUACAGAUGUCAGGGACCGGUGGGAAAGGAAUGUGUCAUAGAGCCAGGAAGACGGAACAGCUGUCCAAAGUGCCGUUACAAGAAGUGCCUUGCAGUAGGAAUGUCAAAAGAAGCAAUCAAAACAGGCAGAUAUACACAUGAGAAGCGAACCAACGAUAUCCGUGAGAUUAAACAACUUCAGAAGCAGGAACUAGGCAGAGAGAUUCCACCUGGCCCCUCACCAAGGCUUUCUCCUCUUCCUUUCAAUGUUAAUUCGUCAAAAGAUAUAUCAGGUGAAACGUCACCUGCGAGAGUUAAAGAGGAAAUGUUCUGUGAUGAAGAAAUAGAAAGUCUGCUGACAAGGAUGGACAAAGCACAGGAGGAAAUGUAUGGUCCUAUGUGGAAAGUUUGGCUCGAUGAGGACAAUGAUAUCAUAAAAAAGACGCAGAAAUAUCAUGAUGAGUUCAUGGCAAAAAAGGAGUUGUUUGGAGAUUUGUCUGGUAUAUCAAAAGAGGAACAUCGUACUUUCUACGACACUACAGGUAUUGACUUGGACAAUCGACUGGAAAUGAUGAGCAACAUUGCUACCACCAUGGAAAAUGGAAUCACAAAGUAUAUCGGAUUUGCUAAAAACAUUCCUGGAUUCUCAGAGUUGUCAUUGGAUGAUCAGGCGGCACUUGUGAAAAGUUCAAGGUUUGAGUUCUGGUUCUGGGGAUUUUAUAGGUUCAUCAAUGCAGACUUAGGAAUUACAACAAACUUAAAAGGAAACUGUUAUCACAUACGGGAACUUUUCAAAUUGUGGGACGAAACGUUCAUCACAACGUUGUUCAGUUUUGUGCGUUCUGUUCAGAAACUGAAUUUGUCAGUGUUGGAAAUUUCCCUCAUUAGGAGUAUUAUUCUGACUUACACAGAUCGUUGCAAUUUGGCCGAACCAGACAAAGUGGAGACAAUCCAGUGGAAAAUGAUAAUGUGCCUCAAGUACCAGGUGGAAAAAACCCAUUGCCCACAGGAACAUUUCCUCUCGAAGAUCUUUGACCGUCUUGCAGCUAUACGAUGUCUUACAGAAAUUAACACUCGAGUCUCUCAAAGCCUUAAGUUGGAGUGGCCUGUAAUCAAGAACCACCCUCUCUUGUUGGAACUGAUGUCUAUUUGAAACAAGUUGGUCCAGCUUGUAUUGAUUUGAAAUAUGAUGUUUGAGCUGCAAGUGUAUUAUAUGAACACGAAAAUGAUGUCAAAUUGAAAUGUAUUGUUCUGAAAUAUCAGCUGUUUGAGCUCACACUCAAUUGAUAUAUUGAGGAAUUUUUUUUCCAUGCAUGGUUGUCAAGUAUACAUCAUCUGGAUAACUAUCAAUCAGGAUGUUUGAAUGUCGUUAUAUUUUGGUUUGGUUUAUGCCGUAGGCAUGUACUUUUGCUGUAGAAAGCAAUAAGCUGAAAGUUAUAAACAUUGGAAGUAUUUCUUCGAGCUCCAAAUUUCCAUUCCUUUGAUUUGAAUAAAAAAAAUCAUCUUUAAAAAGUUCAGUUGAUACUUUUCAUAUCGUCAUGAAAUGGUCAAAUGGCCACCAAGUAUUUACCUGUUAUAUACAAAUCCUGUUUAAACUUUACAACAACUCACCUACAAGGUGGACACUAAUCAAUAGUCAAUGUAUUGUUGUAAUAUUAAUAUAAUUUUAAAUACAGUCAUAUAGGUGCUAAGGCAAAAAAGCCAAGUAUGAAUUUACCUUUAGAUAAAGCUUGGCUUCAUUUUAUAUAAGACACAUAAUGAAUAUAAAGAGACAAAUAGACAUACUCUAAACAUAUAUAUGUUUAACGGUUAACUUUCAUUUACUGCUUUUUUUCUGAAUUUUUCGUGCUUAAACAUAAAACUGUGCUGUCACAUUGUCUUUAUGGUUUUUUUUUGUUUUUAGCAAAUCUUGUGAUCGUUGUACUUAUUUGCCAAAAAGUAAUGAUAUGUUAAAAUUCAGUUGAGCCAAAUUAAGUAUAUUUAGGGUAUGUAAGUGUAGACCAAUUUCAUAUAUAUCUCAUUAAGGGCAACUCCUCUUUAUGAAACCAGGGAUAUGUGAAAUGAUACUUUUUCAACCUUGACAAGAGAUAAGUUCAUAGAUAGAUGAACUCAUCAGGAAUUAUUUAGUCAGUUAUAAUACAUAAUAAGUAAAACUAAUGAUAAAUCUGACUACCAGAACUAUCAUUUAACUGUAUUUGAAGUUGACCAAUAUAUAAAAUACCAAUAACAUCAUAAUGCAUCAUAUUUGAUUUAAUUUUAACUGAUAGAUCACUUGUAUCUGAAUUAUUCCCUUUUGUAUCUGAAAACCUGCAGUACUUUUCAACUUAUAGGUCCUUUUCUGUGUUUUUGUACUUAAGAUAGUAUACUGGGUUGAUGAACAGAGUUUUAGAUGCUGUGGAAACUGUUGAACCUACACCCUAAAUGAGAGUUAUGGUUUUUGUGCUAUUGGGUUAAGAUAGUGUUGAUGGGACAGUCUGAUUAUAGAGGCUAUACAGUGUUAGAAUGGCAUAUUGCUAUAAGGUGGAUCUGCACCUCGAUAGUCAUAAUUUAUUGUAAACUGAAAGCAGAACAUAAAAAGAUAUACCAGAGACUAGCAUUGCUAAUUGGGUGUAAUAGCUUCAGAUGUUUGAUGUGUUUAUGUGAUAUCAGUACGAGGAAUGGAUAAGUAUAUCACAUUCAAUUACAUACAAAUUAUCUGUGUCAAUAUGCAAAGUAUAUGAACAGUGCAUCAUUUUGUGAAAAUAUGUAACAUUUCAUUUAAACAUUUGCUGAAUUUUUUAAAUGCAUUUAUCAUCAUGAAAGUUCUCAAAUUUUCUGAUAGAACUUUUAUGUUGACAUUCCAAUGUGAUUACUGGCUCAGAAAAAUAUAAUUUCUUUUGUAAGAUGUAAGUUCUCCAAACAGGGAUGUAUGAUCUAGUGUUAGGAAGCUGUAUAUUCUUGUAAAGCUACAGCAACGAAAUUCAAGUUAACUAGCCAUGUUAUUGUUUUCACUUUGAUUCUUCUUAUUACAUCUUAUCAUUAUUCUCAUGAUUGUUUUUAGAUGUUUUCAGAAAAAACUACUUAGGCAACACUAACGAAACUGUACAUUGGUAAUGGCUGGCCGCUUGAGAUCAUCAAAUCAUUUAUUUUUAUGAUGAUAUCAAAGAUGGCUGACAUUUUCUGGCUUAAGUUUUCAAAAAAAAAAAAAUUCAAGAUGUAUAUUUGGGUUUCAAAGACCUGCCUUGUUUCUGUUGGAGUACUUAAUUGUGCACUGUGUUUGACGGCCUGGGUACUGUAUAGUUUGGGGAACUUCUCUGUUACUCUCAAAAUGGUAAAAAAAAUAUGAUGAUCUAGUCUCCAAUAUAUUGGAAUCAUUUUUUGAGUUAUUCUGUGUUUUUGAUCCAUGUAUGCAUUGUUGAUAACGUAAAACCUUGUGUAACAGAUAUGGACCUGUAAACAGAUUCAGUUCAUAUUCACACCAGAGUGUCAUACCAGCAAGGUCUAUAUCUGAUUUUUUCUGAUCUAAGGAUUGAGAUCAAAUCUUUGUGGACCCCUACUCUUUGUCUCCAUGUUUACUUGCUACACAAACUAGUAUCAUCUUUAGGGAAAAUUCUAGAUAAUGGUAAAUUAAAGUUACAAAAAAAUGGAACACAAAUGUAGUUAAAAUCAUCUUAAACUCAGUAUAAGUAUUUAUAGUCUCACUCCACUGCAACAAUUAAACAGCUCAACCAUGGUUAUUAUGGUUGUUGUAUGCCUAAAUGCUUCCCAAGAGCAGAUGUUUGCUACAGAAUGUUUUCCAGGCCUGGUGACUUUGAAGUAGGAAAACCAGUAUUAGAUAUGAAAUGGAACACUUGUCUAUUCUCAACCAUGAGGAGAGUCUAUGUGAAAGGCUGGUAAGAAAUAACCAGUGGUUUCAAAAAUUAAUUGAAUGAAAUUGGGAAACAUUCUUUUUUUCCAUAUCACAGCUGUAGUCAGACUGGUAUGUUUUGAGUGUUGAUUUUUCCUUAACAUUCCUAUUUGUUCAGUGUCAGAAAUUUGAAUUUUCCACUAACCACUGUUGAACUUUUUACUUUUGAGCAACUUGGGCCUGGUGUUAAAAAUGUUCAUAUGGCACAUACAUGAACAAUGGACAUCAUAAGGAUAGUGUGACAGCUUGAAUUGCAUCUCAUGUGUACACUCUUUUUGUAAAAAAUGAAUAUCAGAGUUGAAAUAAGUGUUUAAUUAUCAUUUUAACUUGAAGGUACAACAAGUGAGCUAGUUAAAAAUCUUCAGCAUAAGAUUAAUACUGUUACAUAGCAUUUUAAUCCUACAGUCUCUGUGAAACGGUAAUCAUCUAUUAAUUUAAACAAAAUAUGAAUUAUCAACAGGGUUCACAGCAUCAUUUCUAGCCUACAUAUUUAUUAUAGUAUUUUGUGUAUACCAUGUGGCAAGAGUGCUUUAUGAGAAGUGCAGUUCUGUGCAAAAAUGUGAGCGCAUCAGUUAACUGAAGGUAUACAGAGUCAGCUUUAGAAGUGCUAUCACAAAAGAAUUAUGGCAAUUUCAUUAUAGAAUUACGUACAUCAAAAUGGAAUACUCACUGAGGGAAAUGCUUCAUACAUACAACAAACAUUCAGAUCAGUCAACACUGACAAGUGUUUUGAGUGUUUUAUCAAAACAGCAUAAAUCUUCCUGCCAUUUCAUUACUUUUUGAGUUGGUUGUUGUGAUAUGAAUACUGUAUCAUAAUCAUGUGAAUAGAUGAGAGGGGGAUGUGAAAUAAGGGAAAUAUGUAAGAAUUGCUUGUACAGAAAGCCCAUGUAUUUAAUGUCAGGCGCAAGUUUUAGGAAAAGUGCUUAUUUCAAGGAAGUUCUGUUGAAGUAUGUCAAUAGAAUAUAUCAUCAGACUUAAGGCAAAAUUCCAGGAAUAUUUUCCUCCGAGCUAAUACUUUCCUAUGGAUAUUUUGAGUUAAUGUAUUUAAGAAAUAAACUCAAGACUAAUGCCUUUCAUUAUCAAUUAUGAUAGAAACCGAUGUCUGUUAUUGUAAUACAAUUUUGUUGUAUUUAAAUAAAUUUCACAUUCACAUAAAAAUUGAUAUAGACAUUAUGUCUCAGGAGUGUGAUACUACAGCUCAUAUCUAUGCUUUUUAUUACGCUUGAUCAACCUAUGACUGCAUCGUUUACAUGUCUGUUUUUAUAUAAAUAUUGAACUUAACAAAAAUUGCAUAUUUUGAUAUUAAUCAGAGAAUACACACUUUAACCAUCACUGAAGUUAUGCUACCUACUUAUUACUGUUCGAUAUUUCUUAACAAUAGUCAUGCUCAAUUUCAUUGUCUUUAUUUUUGUCAUUUCCAGGCCCAACCUUCGUUUCUUCCAUUCUGUUACAGUAUCAAUGAAUGUGACAUUUACAUCAUAUUAAGUAUACUUCCAAAGUGCCUAGUGCUAUCCAAAUGUCGUGUCUCUGCUCCUUGAUUGAAUAUGAUUUUGUUCUGUGUUAUGGUUCGCACAUUAGACGUAUGUCAAGCCUUGUCCAAGUCUGGGGGUAAGGAUCAAGGUGUUGCUACUGUAAUCAAAUAGUUCCAAAUGCUUGUUGUUUAUUCAAUAUCUCUCAUUGUAGAUAAAAUGCAUUGACUUUUUUCAGGAAAUGGGCAUAUAAGUUUUGUUAGUACCGAUUCCAGACUACAUUCUACUACUUGAGUUUACGACAUUACAUGUUAUUUUUUAUAUUUUUUUUUCAUUUUGAAACAAGCAUAAAUUCAUUUUUUGUCUGGUCUAUGCCAAAAAAGCAGCUAUCUUUUCCUGAAUAUAUUGGUAAAUAAAUCAGAGAUAUAUGUUCUGCUUGAAAAGAAUGAUAUGUUUAUUUGGCUAACAGCCUUCCUUUCUCUUAACAUACUUAAUUUGGAGCAAUCAAAUUUAGUUGCAUUAUCAACUAAAUAAUGAUACAAUAAGCGUAAUGUCUUAAAUUUCCACAUCCAUUAUAAAAGCCAUAUAAAAAAACUGAAAAAUUGCAAUCAGCGCAGAGCUUUUAAAGUAAAAAAUGCUGAAGUACGUUUACACCUAAAAUGUGUACGUUACAGUGUUAACAAUUGUAUCUAAACAAUUUUUAUUGUACUAACAAUAAAAAAAAUAUAUGUAUUUGUU